GGCGGGUUGUACAUGCUAGUAUUUUGGAAAUAUUUUUUGAAAUUAUUCUGUGUUUUUGACAUUUUCACUAAAGAAUUUGUUGGAUUUUAUUAAAGAUUUGGAAAUGGAAGGUUCUUAUUUUCCGUUGUCUAAUAUUUUAGGCCGCCUUGCAUCGUUUGAUAAGCUGCCGAAUAGAGAAUUGGUUAGUGACAGUGACAGGUCAACACGCGUGGAGAAUAUUUCUGUUAGCAACCGAACUUCUCUUUCUAAAUUAGCUCGAGCAGGGUUUUAUUUUGAUCAGACUGAAGGAAGUAUUCGAUGUUUUUGUUGUAAAGUCGAAUAUGGAAACUGGGAGAAAGAAUCACCCGUGGCAGUUCACCGAAUCUUGAAUCCAGAAUGUCCAUACCUCACCCAGACUGACAGGACCAACGAAAACACGACACUGACCCAGAUAGAAGAUCAGCACCCUUUUACAGGAAUUAGACGAGCUUUGUUCCCUUCAGAUUGCCGGAGAAAUAAUUAUAUCAGAUGUACAGAAAGUCAACAGCCUUCAGCCACAGAAACAACAGAUAACCAAGCUGUAGCAGACGAAUUUCGUGAAGGACCAAACAUUUCAUCAGAUAUAGGUCAACUUGAUUAUCUUAUAAAUCGUUAUAUUGGUUUGAUCAGAGGUGAUGAAACGCCACCAACAACCACCAGAAGAACGCGACAAUCAGUUUCACGAGAUCACGUAGACGAAUAUUCUGGUAAAAUUAUCCGCCCCAUAGUAGGAGAUGUUCAUUUUAUUUGCUUUGAAUCGUUUCGUCUGCUAACAUUCUCUGAUCCUAUUAAUCCACGAUCUGUAGAAUGGGCUAAAAAUGGUUUCAUGGCUCAUGGUAGAGAUCAAGUAAUGUGUGUUUAUUGUGGAGAAUGUGCUGCCUUUGCCGAAACCUCCUCUGUUAAAGGUAUCCAUCAGAGAAUUUCACCAGCUGGUCGUUAUUGUUGUCCGAUGGUCAGUGGUAUUGAUGUAGGAGAUGUGUCCAGAGAUUUGGAGAAACAAGUUCGAGAGAAAUUAAUCAACCACAAUAACGUCCAGCCAUCAUCGUGUAGCACAAGUUAUCCAGUUUUGCAACCACAAUAUAAAGCCUAUGAAAAAAGAUUAACCAGUUUUAAAUACUGGCCAAAAUAUUAUCAUGUGACCAGUGAGGAUUUAGCAAAUGCAGGAUUUUUUUAUACAGGGGCUGGAACAAAAGUUGUAUGUUUUUGUUGUGGUGUUGCUAUCAGAGAGUGGGAACGUGAAGCUGAUCCUCUACAACAACAUGCCCUGGUUUCACCUAGCUGUGAGUUUAUACAACAUCAACAUGGACAAAGUUUUAUAAACAGAAUGAAAAAUAUCAAGAAAUUGGUUGAGUUGGAUCCUAAAGUUACAGCUCCAGUUCAACGUAUUGGUGAAUUAAACGUACCUGACCCUUAUCCUGUUACCAUGGAUAUGACCUUACUGACAGCUUAUUCAUCAUGUGGGUACACAACACAACAAAUAUUCAACGUUAUUCGUCAAUUCUUUAAACGAACUCGUGGUAAAUAUCCUGAUGUUCCCAUGUUAAAAGCUGCCAUGUUGGCUAAUGGAGAAUUAAAACAGAAAGACGACAUGUUGGAGAAGAACUUCCAGGUGAUUGACAGGUUAGAUCAUGUGAUCAAUAGAAAUGACAGACAUUAUCGUGAGAGAUUAGCCUUGGUUAACCAGCAAUAUACACAGGAGAUUAAUAAUAAAGAUCAACAACUGAACCAUACAAAACAACAUUUUCAGCAAGAACUGAACCAUAAAGAUCAACAACUGAACCAUACAAAACAAGAACUGAACCAUAAAGAUCAAGAACUGAACCAUAAAGAUCAAGAACUGAACCAUAAAGAUGAACUACGACAACACGAACAUCAGAUACUAGAGGAAGAACUGAAGUUACGAGAUAACCAUAUAAAUAGACUGAGUGAAUUAAUACAAACACAGAGGAAUGAGCAGAUAGAAAGAGAGAAUAACUUGAUGAGAGAGAGGAAUGAAACUGUUAUGAUGUUAACAGACUAUCAGACUGAGAUAGAGAGACAUAAUGAAGAAAUAGAGAGACAGAAAGAAGAAAUAGAGAGAGACAUUGAGAAAUAUAAACAGGAGAUUUCAAGUUUAGCUGCUGAAUAUUCUAGAUUACAAACUCAAGUAUCAAAUGGUAAUAAUAUAGAUGUCGUCCCAGCACCAUCAGAAGAGUUGACCAGUGAAAGAAUUUGUCGAGUUUGUUUAACAGAAGAAAAAGUUGUUUUAUUUCGUCCAUGUCGACACGUCUGUUGUUGUACUAAAUGUGCUCCACGUUUUGUUGGACAAUCCUGUCCUAUUUGUCGAUCAAACGUUGACCAAUGGGAGGUGGUGUUUGUUGUUUAAUUCUUUUAUUUCGUUUAUUUUUUUUCGUUUAAGAAUUAAAUUGAAUGAACUGUUUGUUAGUAGAUAUAUUGAAAGAGGGCAGCAACUUUAUGGCCAUUUUCGGUAAUCUCACUGGUAUCAUUCAGUUCUACUCCACUAACAUCUGGAUCCAUCCACAUAGUCUGGUGGCUUAAUGCAAAUGACCUCAUUUCACCUUUGACCUGAAAUCUCGAAAACGUGCCAACGGCGGACUGAUUACCACUCGGCAUCAUAUUCUACACAAAAUUUUAUGCCCAUUUGAUGGACAUCCCCGCGCACUGAUCCUCCGGUCUAACAGGGUUUUCAUGAAUUCAAAUUAUCCGCCCUUGUUCAUACUUGAUUCUACGAACGAAUCAAAACACAGUUUACAUACCAGUCUUAGCGUCAUUGUUUACGUUCACCAGAAUAAAGUUAAUUGUAAUAAAAUGUGAGUUACUUCCUUCUGUUCGACCACUUGAUUGGUCAAUAAAAAUAUCAGAAGUGUUAAGGGGAGAUAAUUUGAUGGACCCAGACGUUAGUGGAGUAGAACGGAACGAUACCGGUGGUGAUACCGAGAAUGAUUUAUUGCAUUUCAUUUUUAGUGAUUGUUUAUUUAAGAAUGAACUAAAUCAAUUAUUUGGUUAUUGUAAAUUUCCAUUGUAUGGUUACCAUAAAAUCUUGUACAAUUAUAAAAAUGACCAGCAGAUAAUUAGCAUUUUAUAAAUGGCAGCAAUGGAUGUGUAUUUCAUUCAUACAAAAGGACAGCAAAAUGGCAGCCUCUAUAUUUGACAGGAAUUUAUAAAAUUCUAUAUAGAGUUCUAAAUUUAUACAAACCGAGUCAUCAAUUUUCAAUAAACUACGCAAGAUCGUUUUGAAACAAGGUUAUUUUAAGAAAACUGCCAAAGUUAUUUUUACUGACUUACAAUUUAUCUGUCCCAGGUUAUAUGAUAUUGUAUAUUUAUUGUAUAUAGAAAAUCACUCAUUAUUUAUUAUGCUUAUUCUAAGUAUAUUUUCUCAUCAUCAUAGUCAUAAUAUGGUAUCAUCAUCGUCAUAGUGUAUCAUCAUCAUCAUCGUAUUGUAUCAUCAAUCAAAUGGUUUCAUCAUCACAGUCAUAUGGUAUCAUCAGUCAUAUGUUAUCAUCAUCAUCAUAUGGUUUAACCAUUAUUAUGCACAUCAUCAAUAUUCAUCAUCUGACAUUCUUUUAUUCAACACAUGAUCAUAAUCACCACAUCAUCCACAUCCAAUCAUCACCAUAUCACCACCAAUAUCCGGGCAUCCACAUUCAUUCCUCCCAUCACCAUCACCACCCACAUUCAUUCACCACAUCAUCCACAUUAUCAACAUCACCACAACAUCCAAAUUAUCAAUCACCACAUCAUCCACAUUAUAAACAUCAUCCAUAUUAUCGACAUCAUCAUUGACUAGUACAUGUAGUUUAUAUUCAAUAAAUGUUGUAGGGUUUUUUUUCUGUAAUUAAUUCUGAUAUUAUUAUUGUUCACAUAUUUAUAACUAUUUUUAUAUUUAAUCAACUUGUAUAUUAUUCUUCUACUCUUCUUUACUCUGGUAAUGGUUGAUUUCUUCUUUCUAUCCAACAUGGUUUUAUUCAUCCGGUUAAUACUGUGUUAUAAAAUUUCUCUGUUCACCUAAUGUGAUUCUUUAGUUUCUAUUUCAUCUCGCAUUUAUACUUUGUCACUGCCAGUGCUAUUUAUGUAUCUUUAAUAACUCUUCUCUUUUGUUAAUGU